CUCCACCUGGAAAACAAUUUAACAGUCUUACAAAGAGUUAGGUCCAAGUGGCUGAUGCUUGUUGUGGAUAGGAGGAUGUUGCUGUUCACACAGGCACUUUAUGGAGAAGUCAGGAACUCAGACUAAGAUUCUAAGAUGUCUAAACACCUGUUCUAAGAUGAUUUAGCACCUGUAUUAGAUUUUAUUCAUUUCACAAUUUCCAGGAAAUGCAUAGAAUUGAAUUUUGAUUCUUUAUUGCUGAAAACAAGUUUUAAACAUGAAAACAAAACAAAACAAAACAAAAACAAAAUCAGAAGCUAGAUUAACAAAGAGGAGUUGGGCUUGAAAACUGAUGCUUUGAUCUAUUUUGAAAUGAUGAUUUUAGUAAGUCUGCAUUUUUUAAUCAUUUACGUUUUAGAUGUAGCUACCAUCUGCUAUUUGAUGUCUGUGAGAAAACACAGAUGUUGGUCACUCUUAGAAAAUUUGUGUCCAAGCAAGGCUGAAUUCCAAAGUUCUUGUUAUUGCUCAAAUGUUCUUUAUGAAAAAAUAACUUCAACACAAAUCCACUAGCGUAAGCAAAGAGGAAGUUAUGGAAAGUUUAUGACGAAGAUCUACUUUUCCAUUUAACUUACCUUAGUGACUCAGUGUGGGAUGAGAUGUUUAAAUAUUGACCUCCUGUAGGUUAUUAGGAUUUAUGUUGUGUGUUCAAAAAAAUUAUUUACCAAAAUAAAAAUUUUGAUUGAGAUGUAAAAAAAAAAAAAUUGACAGAAGAGAAGUAGAUGGCGUCAUUUGAGAUAUUUUUAAUUCUGAUUCAUUUGGUUAGUAAAAUAAACAAAUGUUGAAACAAGUUACUGUUUAAAUGGAAGUAUUUGAGUGCUUUAAGUCUUCCAAUCAAAUACUGGAUUUUUUUAGAAUUUUUUUCAGUGUGAUUGCAUGCAAACAGAACAAUGUUUCAAGUUUCUGUAAAUUCCACCACAAUAUAGCAUAUUUUUAAUCAGUAAAAUGAAAGUUAGAAUAAAACUGCUUGUCAUGAUGACAAGUCUGUCAAGUGAUAUCAGUGUACAGCCUUGCAUGAUCUUUUUAUAUUUUAACUAAUUAAUCAAAGGAGAGCACAGUGGAGUAAGAAUUUGGAGAGACGGUGAAUUUGUUGGGCAGACAGCCAACAAGACUAAUGUUUUCAAACAGAAUUGUAUCAUAGAAUGGUUGGGUUGGAAGGGAUCUUAAAGUUCAUCCAGUUCCCACCCCUGCUGUGGGCUGGCUGUCUCCCACCAGCUCAGACUGCUUAAGGCACCAUCUAACCUGGCCUUGAACACUUCCAGGGGUGGGGCACCCACAGCUUUCUGGGCAGCCUGUACCACUGCUUCACCACCCUUUGAGUAAAAAAUUUCCCCCUAACAUCUAAUAUAAAUCACCCUUCUUUCAGUCUAUAAGUGAAUAGCGUUCCAGUUCCUUUGUUAUUUUUUCACUGCUCUUUAAGAAGUUGAAGAUACCUAUUGUUUACACAUAUGUAAUUGAGAGAUUUGUAUUUAGAAAUUUGAUAUCUAUUCUCAGAUGAGAGGGUAAUUAAAGUGAAAAAAUUAAGUUUGUAGACAAUUAGUCUCAGUCAACGAAGUCUCAUGUAAUGAAACAAAAUGCAGAUGGUAUUUUGCAUGCCUGAUAAAUUACAGACACGAUCACACAAUCCUGAGAAGUAACGUUCACACGUUCACAAAGUAAUGCACUAGAUAUCUAUAGUGGUGUACAAAUGACAUCAGUUUUCAAAAAUGGUGGAAAGGUUUAGUGAUUCCAGGUUUCAGCUACCCUUCCCAAACACCUCUUCUGCUCUAAUCCCAACUCCUUGGCAUGGCCUACAAUGUAUGCAGUAUCGCCUUCCCUACAUCAGCUGGACAGGAAAGAGUUCUCAAAGCAAAAACCUCAUAGAAAGUUUGGCUUUGAUUGUAUUGGCGCUGAGAGAGUGGUUUGGAGCAGUUGAUAAAAUUGCCAUUGUUGCAAACAUUGUUAUUCAUACAAAAGAACUAUUAAUUGCCAUUGACCUGUAUUUGAGACCUUUAUUUAUGUUCACGUAGGAGCAAAAGUCAAGGCAAAUAGCUUGACUUUUUCAAGAAUUUCACAACGAGAAUGAAAUGUCUCACUUGCCUUGAAAAUCACCACAGCUGACGUUUGGAAAGCUUAAAAAAAAAAAAUGUAAUGGCUUUCUUCCAAAUGGUAACAUCAUACAUAAUGCACAUGGCUAACAAAAGACUCAGACAGUGCUCAGUCUCACUCACCGAUGAGUCUGAAUUCUCUCCCUAAUCACUGUUGUACUGCUGUUUGUCAGUUCUUCCUGGAUUUGAAACUUUUUUAACCUAAACUGCCACGAAGAAAGAGAAUAAGAAUCCUAAAAAAAUGACUGAAAGUCCUCUACUGAGCAUUCCCUUCUCAAACCAGAGUGAAAACAAGAGCAACUCAACUGUUUGCCCAGACUUGGAUAACUGGUGGGAAAUCGUGUACUACUUAGUACCCAAGUGUAUCGACACCAUCUGUGUUAUUGGAAUGCUUGGAAAUUUAUUUGUUCUCUUCGUUUACUCAGUGUACAAGGGCCCUCUGAAGAUAUCUGAAAUCUACCUUGUGAACCUAGCUGUUGCUGAUCUUAUUUUCCUCAUAUGUCUCCCUUUCUGGGCAGAGAAUGUACGGAAUAAGUAUAAUUGGCCAUUUGGAAAUUUUCUUUGUCGUAGUGCCAGUGCAUCCAUCCACCUAAACAUGUACACUAGCAUCUACUUGCUAGUAGCAGUCAGCUUGGAUCGCUAUUUGACUUUUGUUCAUACCUUGACACACAGAAGAAUACGUAGCAAAACUAUAGCCAAAGGGAUCUGUUUGCUCACCUGGACCUUUGGGAUCCUUCUCAGUAUCCCAACCUUUACGUUUCGGACUGUGAAACACUUUCCUGAGUGGAAUAUCUCUGCAUGUGUUUUAGACUUCCCCACCCCAUCCUGGCAAAAAGCUGAUCGUUUGGUAUUCAGCAUAGUGGGGUUUGCAUUGCCAUCAACAGCAAUUGUCUUCCUCAAUUUCUGUACCAUUCGCUCCCUACAAGAACACAAAAGAGAACUAAAAGCAUUCAGGACAAAGAGUUGCCAGGACCACAGAGACACAAAGGCCACAAAGUUGAUCUUCUUAGUGGUACUGAUGUUUCUUUUGUGCUGGACUCCUUACCAUCUUGUUAUAUUCUUUGAUAUAUUAUUCCAGAUGGAAGUGAUACAAGGCUGUUUCUGGGAGGAUUUUCUCAACUUUGGUGAGCAGUUUAGUUCUACUUUGGCUCUCACAAAUAGCUGUAUUAACCCAAUAGUUUAUGUAUUUGCUGGGAAAUAUUUCAGGCAAAAAGCUUUAAAAGUUUUUUCACAGUUUUUCUGCUGUGGGUAUUUUUUGAACCAGGUAUCAUUCCAAGAAAAGUCUUCAUAUUUCAAGUUGUUUCCAGUCAAGACUAGUUCAACUUCAUGAUUCUUGGUUCCAUCUUAAUUUUGAUAUUACAAUUUAUUUUUAAUUGCAUUAAAAAUGAACAGGAAUCACACUGUUCUAGCAUUCUCAGACUAAGUUAAUUAUUUAUUAAGUUACAUCACUUCGCUGCUUAUUUGUCCCUGGGUUUGUUUUUCCUUUUCUGUGUUACCAUCCAAACAUAUAACAUGCAACACCAGAAUUUUAUACCAAAUGAUCUAACUUGUCUCAUCAGUGCUUGGAAAGAAAAGUUAUUUGACAAAGCAUCAGAAGUCUGGUUUCUCUAAAGUAUGGUAUAAACUGAUUGAAAAUUUAUUAUACUGUAUCUGUGGUAACAAAUAUAAUAUCACCAGGAAUACUAUGCAAAGAAUUAUAACAUAUUACAGAGCAAUUAUGAGCUUAACUUUCAGCUCAUAGCUGCAUUUUAGGAAUGGCAAAACAGAUUCAGUAUUUUAAAUGGGUUGUAUUUUCAGUGUAGCACAUAGAAAAUUUGAAGAACUGUUCAUUUGAAAUGUAUUUGUUGCAUAAAUAUUGUAUGUAAAAUGUACCACAAAGGAAAUGUACAUGAAUUGUAAUAAAAAUCCAGUAUCAUCUUGAAAA